GUGGCAGGUAAGCGGCGAAGAGAGAAAAGCUAGCAGUUCAGUGUUUAUGUAGGCCAAGACAGGACAUCGCGAGUUAGUGGUCGCCAUCGUUGUUGGUACGUCAGAAAACAAUGUUAGUGGUGUGGCUAUUGUUGGCGUUAAGUUUAGUGUUGGUGCGUUCCAGUGAAGAACACCAGCCCUUACCAAUAUGUGACAAAGAUGCGGGAUCUGGCAGAAACUGUACAUCAGAAUCAUCUGUGAACACAACUACAUCAACGGCACUAACGACCUCCGACACGUCGAAUCCCCUUACUGCAGAGUUAUCCAGUAGCAACUCUUCCGGAAGCUCCAGAUUGCCAUUACUUAAUGCCUCGGAACCCAACGAUAGCGGUCAGACAUUUCUCAGACCACAGACAGACCAAGAAACGUCAAGGAAUUCCAGUACUGGAGCAGCUCAUGGUCGCGCAAUGAAUUUCGAUGUACAGGAACACCGAUCGGACGAAAGCCAGACCGCAGUCACGGUAGAGAAGGGCUCGCUUCAGGACUUGUCCUUGGACGACAUUGACGAAACUUCAAUUCUAUCCACACAAAUACGUGAUAAAACAAACACCACCAUGUCAUCGCCAUUUCUUUCAGAUUCAUCGGCAACGCCUGUAACUUCGACAGACCAUCCAAUUUCUACGACAUUAGCUAGUAAUUAUUCUGAUCUUACGAUGAUUAACGGUAGUAGUUGCGUACAAGGUCAGAAGUUUGAUCGAGGAUGCAGUGAGACGUGUGAGUGUGGGCUAGACGGCAAGACGAUCUGCAGACCAAGGUGCUCAAUGCCCUUUUUCAGGAGUGAGAUGCUGAUAAAUGACCCGGCCUGCAUCAAAAAGCCUGCGGAAGACCCUUGCUGCGCCCUACUGGUCUGCACUCAUGACACAGGGACGGAGCCACUUGAGGGUUGCACCUUCAAGAACCAGUCUUACCAGAGGGGAGAUACCAUCAACGACGGCUGUUCUGCGGUGUGCACUUGUGGCGAGGCGGGCAAGAUCCUCUGUAAACCGAGGUGUCCUCCGGUCAACAGGACGUCCUCAGCAGAUCGCUGUGUGGAGCUUCCCGACUCCUCUGACCCAUGCUGCACAGUCGUCCUCUGCGACGUCAAUGAAGGUGACCAUGACGUCAACAGAGCAGGCGCAGAAGAAAUGACCGGGUCGCCCCAUCUCCAGCUGCUGACUCUGGAAAUAGUGAACACAACCACAGUUCGUCUAGGUCUGGCCGGAGAGCCACAAUUCCAUCACGAGAAUAUUACGGUGGAGGCCAGUCUGGAUAAGAAGACAUGGAAACGUCAAGACUCCCAGGGACUUCUCGUGCAGGGACUCGAAGCUGGGCGGACCUACUACUUCCGCGUAAAAUCAGGCAGUAUGGUGAGCAACGCCGUUGAAGUAUCCAUGCCCACAACAGACUCCCAACACUCCGGCACAGCGGGCUGCCACUACAAGGGUCGCCAUUACAUGCCUGGUGAGGGAUUUCACGAAGGAUGCGAGGCCUACUGCGCAUGCACAGACAGUGGGGUACAGUGUGCGACCAUCGAGUGUCCAACAGAGUUCGGUUUGGACGUACUGGACCCCAGCUGCGUUGAUUGGGAGACACACCCUCCUGACUUCAAGCCUUCGCCACCAAACUGCUGUCCAGGGCAGGUACGUUGUCGAAACAACGGCUCGUGUGAGUAUGAAGGCGAACGUUUCAACAACUGGGCAGAGAUCCCGACAAAGCUAACUGGGUGUUCAAAGAGGUGCUACUGCGAGUACGGAAACGUUUCAUGCCAAUCCACGUGCCCCCCGGUCACAGCCUCUCCGCCCUCAGACCUGCAGUGCGAACCCCGCCAGGCCAUACUCGGUCACUUGCCAGGAGAUGAAUGCUGUUUGUACUGGCUCUGCCCACAACUCCAACACUCAGGAUUCCUUGAGCACCCGCUAUCUGCAGGCUUUCCAGUGCAGGGACAUAUCAGGAGGGAUCAAGAUGAGAUCACGGUACACACGCUGGAAGCUGUUGACGAGCACACAGUUAAGCUCAUUUUCUCCGUUCCUCCAGUUCUGGUCGGCCUGCACGGGAGAGUAGAAUUACGCUACACCUCGGACAACCAGAACAACGAUCCCUCGUCGUGGAACCAGCAGGUGUUGGCCCCGCCCGGUGACCUGAUCGCCACCCCCCAACUGGAAUUCGAACUUGGAGAUCUCACUCCGGAUACACAGUACAAGAUCAAGAUCACAGUGAUCCUGCGGGACCUGCAUAACUCCCCUAGCAGCAAGAUCCUCUCAGUACACACUCCUCCUUCAGCCACGCCCACCACAACGCUGCCACCACAGAUUCCUGUCGACGUCGAACUCACCGUUAUCGACGUCAACUCGACCUGGGCCCGGCUCAUGUGGCGCAAAUUCUCCGAGUUUGAGCUUCAGUUUAUUGACGGAGUACAACUACGAUACAAGGAGAGAGCAGGCAAGGUGUACGCUGCCACACCUCUGAUCCACCGGGCAGUGACAAGCUACACCCUGGAAGACUUGCGUCCUAAUACGGAGUACGAAGUGGGGAUAUUCUUCAUCCCGUUCCCGGGACAGACCACUGAGCUAAUUGCCGAGCGCACAGCGCAACUGUCUACUGCUGAUGUGAACGAUCUAUAUAAAUUCAACGUCACCCUUGAAGUCCAGCACAUCAAGUCUACGUCUGUGGAGCUGUCAUGGGGCGGAGUGCCUUAUCCUGAAGACAAGUACGUUAACAUAUUCAGAGCCAUUUAUCAGAGCGAUUCUGGUAAAGAAGACUUCAGUAACUUCAAGGUUGCAAAAAGGGACUCACAAGCCAGAACCAUCAUUCAGGAUCUGAAACCCGGUACCAGGUAUCGACUAUGGCUGGAAGUAUACCUCACAAACGGCAAGAUUAAGAAAUCUAAUGUACAAGAUUUCAUAACAAAACCUGGAGCAGUUCCAUCAGCUGGAGCAACUCAGCAAGGGAAGCUUAAGGGCGAAGACCCAGAGCCCUUGGUGGAGAAAGCAGACUAUUACGGGCCAUUGGUGGCGGUGGCCAUCAUCGCAGCCCUCGCCAUCUUAGCUGCUCUCAUCCUGUUACUGAUCCUAAUGAAAAAGCAUGGCCAUCAUAAAGCGGCUAUCUCAGCUACCCGCAAGAGUCAGUCGGCCUACGACAACCCAUCUUACAAGGUAGAAAUCCAGCAAGAGACUAUGGACCUCUGACAACGACCCGGCGUCUGCAACAAACGGAGGGGCGGGAACGAAGACAGUGGAACAGCCGUAGUUGACCCACAGCCCUCGUAAUGCUUCGCUCACUUCCACACGACUGUCCAGCUACCUCUACCAGUCCGUAAACUUCCGACAGCUCUGGACUUUGCGGCUGUAUUUGAUUGAAGCCUUCCAGAGGUGCGUUCUGGUUGCUUCAAGGAAAUUAUCAUCAGAGGCAAUACGCUGAGUAACUUUCGAGUGUAUGUACAAUCGUCCCAUCCUGCAUUAGACUGAAUAAGAAGACUACAAUUCUCAAAGGAGCCGCAGUACAAUUCAGUAUUUGCAAAGAUGUAUCACUGUCGGAUUUGAUAUCACAUAAAGAAAUAGACAGGCUUUCGGAUUGCAAUUUCUUCAAAGGUUUACUUUUAUACAGAUCUUAUUUCUAAAGAAACACUCCGAUGUCAAAAUGCAGAAUUUUAUAAACUGCUUUCUAUUGUGUGAUUGUAAUGAUUAAUAACGUGUGGACGUUUGUGUAGAAACUCAUAUUUGUAUCAGGAGAUUAAUGUAUACUAGUAGGUUAUUAUGUUGUAAAUGAAACCUAUGAUAUAUAAUGUAGUUACCUCUCCUAUAUUACUCAAGGUUGGUAUAUUUGAAACUACAUAUAACUAAACAAAACAGAAACAAUUAUGUUAUAAAUUUGUAAUAUUAAAUUUGAUAUACAUAGUUAGUCGGUGUGUUCAAUAUAAAUUCAUAACAUAACAUUGUGGAUGUAAAAUAUUUAAUAUAAUAGCAAUUGUCACAUAAGGUAACCUGUUGAUGUUAAACAACGACUAUUAGGGCAGUUAGGUACCUACAGUUGUGAGCUAUUGCCCACACCUCAUUGCAAGACGAGUUUGAUUCUUGGAAGAGGCUUUAUUAACAUCAAAAUAAGAAAACACUUCAAAAUUAUUAUCGAGUCAAAAUGUGUGUAUAAUAGGCAACAUAUUUUUUAUGAGACCUGUUCUUUCUCCUUGACUGUAUGUGCCUAGUAUUUCUUACAAAAAAUAUAUUGUAAAAUACCAAAAGUAGCCGUCAACAAAUUGCGUGUUUCAAGGUGACAACAAAACCGUACAACGUUGAAAUUCAAUUCAUUUAUUAAAGUUCUUGACAACAGCCAAAUAAGGCCAAUAACAGCCAAGCACUAAACCAGAGUACAGGAUAAGAUAUAGAUAAUUAAAUUCAUUUUAAUAAUAAUGAAAGUAAAACAUUACAAAUACAAGAACAAACAAACAAAUGAAACUAAAUAUAUAAAUGUACCAUAUUAAUAAUAUUAAUGAUAAUUCAAUUCAUUUAUUGAAUACAAAAAAGAGUAACCCAAGCGUGUAACAACAGCUCAGAACUCGCAGCGUAGCAACGCUGUACUGUCGACUUAGAUCCGUGUGGUAAGGGCGUGAAGUCUAUCCGUGGCCUUGAAGCAAAAACUUUCUUGACGGCUACUGUAACUAUCAUCCCCUCUCAUAAAGUAUUUUACGAAAAGAGGAUUAUGUUAUAAGAUGUAUGAACUAAGUGUGUUUUAAUGUUAUUUGUGUGUCAUGUUGUUCGCUGUGAGGAGUCGACCAUUUGGAUGUCCAGAAUUAAUUGUAUAUCUUCUUUAAAUUCUUAAGAUAAUUUGUAUGGUGAAAAUAUACACUCAAAGUGAGAAAAACCUUCUCCAGUUAAAUCUGGAAUAGGCAACGUCUGGAGUCAUUGAAAAUGACAAAGAAGAUGCUUUAAACCUAAAAGGUUCCAGAAAAAAGAUAAAUGCUGUUUUUUCAGUAUGUAUAAAAUACUCGAUUUAUUUUACCGACUUGUAUACAAAAUAUAUACAAUAGAUUUAUACUUUCAGCAAAAAUCAUGUUGUUAUGAAUUCUUAUAUAGUUUAAAAACAUUUACAUUUGUAUCAGUCCGAAUUGGAAUUGGGAGUUGGUAUUUCAGUGGUGGUCCGUAGGAUCUAGAAGCUAAAUUUGCAUUGUUAUGGUUGCCUGCAAAGAUAAGAAAAUAUUUCUCGUGCUAAACGCGAGUCUCACAUUAAUAUAAAAGUCUUUCAUAUACUAAACCUCACGACAUCAGCUCAUAUUCUUUUGCCAUUCUAACGCAUCACUAUUAAACACAGCUGAGUGUUCGUAAAUUAUCAGAAACGACCAGUUUUAUUCGUUAUGUAACAGCAGAUACACUGAAACAUGAACAGACACGAAAGGCAAGAUACAGCUUACAGGCAAUUAUUAGACCCUAAUUAUUUAUCUACUCCGAGAAAGAGAUGUGUUGUGUUUCCAGUGGUUAAGCGAAGACGGUAAAUUUUGCAAUUAUUUUGUUGUUAUAUCAGUAUAUUUUUACAAACGUGUUAAGUGCACAUUAUGUUUAUUCGGAAAUGACAUACGUCACUCGAUACACAGUUCUAUAAUAUUGUAAAGUCUUUCUAAAAUAACGAGGUCGAUUUUAUUUAAACUCAGUAAUCAAGUUCUUUUGAAUUUAUGAACCAGAAUAAUGAGUGCAAACUUUCCAUGAAAUGUAGAACGUUCUUAACAUUUUUCGGUUCAUUCUUUGUAUUUAUUUGUUCCUCGUCCAAGUCGUUCAUAAAACAAAAAGAUUUUAAUAGAGAAACCAACAAAAGAAAGAAAGAAAGAACAAGAGUUUAAAAUGUUAUAAAUUAUCGCAUUUGUACUUGGUCAUUCAUUGCUAUGGUUGAAUCCGUGUUGGAAAGAGAUUCUACUACAUUUGUGAAUAAGGAACGUAGACUUAUUAUUUUGAAAUUUCAGAAAAUUACGGCACUUAUUUUACAAGGCUCGUAACUUAUGAAAAUUGUUGCAUUUCACUACGACUUAUCAUAUUGUAGCUCCUUAUAAAAAGGUCUUCAAAAUGUUCUUGUAGGUUGUAAGUACACGUAACGUUACCAGCACAAAGAGGUAUUUUUCAACGGCAAAUCAUGCAUUGUAAAUUGAAAUAAAUAUUCUAUUUAUUAACUUGUAAAUGCUUAAAUCUGUACAAGACCGGACCAGCUCACAGCUCAAGAAUUUCUUCCAAAACAAAACAGCAAUAAUAAAAAAUAAAGAAGGUUAUAGUCUAUGUUUAAUAAGAAUCUUAUAGCAGAAAAUUAAAAAAAGUGUGCCAUUCGUGCAUUAUUUGUGUAUAGCUUUUUAUAUUUCUUGUGAAAUGAUAUACGUAGUAAUUAAAAUAAUGUAUUAACAUAAUUGUAUUCUUGAUAAUAUGGACGGUCCCUGAGUAUACUAUCACUACUAUAAAAACAUUACCGAUUUUAGGGAACUCAUUAGCCACUCUAUAGUUUUAUAAGACUUUUGACAUUUUAUUAUGUAGGUUAAACAAUAUAAAGUCAGUUUUAAAUUAAUAAAGAUCUUUUUUCAGUUAA